AGGAGAUGUGUAGCUCGUCCGCUCGUCUGCUGAGGAAAGGCAGCCUGGGUUUUCAUCCGCGUCCAGUUUUCCAUCUGACCUGGUCUGACCUCUCAUCCGUCGCAUUUUUGGUCUGCCCGAGGAGAGGCCACAGUUUCUAUGCCCUCCUCAUCUCCUGCUGACUGACCUCACAUUACUCAUUGUCCGGCUUGGUUCACAAGAAUAAUCAACCUCGCCAGAUUCUCUGUUUUUAAGGCUUCUCCAACUUUUUAGCCAUAAUUUACGACAAUACGACCUCGCCAUUUUUAUUUACGGCCUCGCCAUUUAUUAGUUUCGACCUCAACAAUCGUGGAAUCCUCACUACUUCAUCCCACUAUUUCUCGCCGUUUUGAAGUGCUCUAAAGUAAAGUCGAUAGGACUUUUUAGUCGCGAUAAUAAUUUAUUUAUUAAUCAUUUCUUCAUGGAUUCGCCACUCACAAUUUCGAGUAUUGUGGAGGACGUAUCAGCAGAUCGCAUGAUGAAGAAGGAAGAAGACACCACCACAACCACAACGAUGUCAAUCUGCCUUGAAGGGAACAGUCCUAAUAAUAGUAAUCAUAACGCAGUCACAAAGAGUUUAGAUGUUGGUGGCGAGACGACUCCUUGCGUCGACAUGAACACGAAUAAUAUCGGGAUUUAUGAUGAAAUGUUGCAGAAUGAUGAUGACGAUAUCAUCACGGGAUUAAGUUUCGUGUCAGCAGGUGAUCUAUACGACGACGCCGUGAUGGGCUUGUUGGAUGAUGAUUUCAGCCAAAAAACGAAGGGCUCAGACGACGAUGUUUUUGAACGCGAAGAUGAUACGACUAGACGUGGAGCUCCUAUUCAAUCGUCUAUUCGGGGGAGAGGAGCGCAAUCAUCGUCACAGGAGAAUAAUAAUGAUAAUACUGUAAAAAAUGACAGUCAUGAGCAUGACUUGUCCCCUCAAAACAAGGAUGUUGUGGGUUGUAUUGGGAGCAGAAAGCAUAAUAGUAUCGCUGGGAGGUUUGCUUUUUACAUUGGAAAUUUGACUUGGUGGACUAGUAUUGAGGAUAUAAAAACAUGUCUAAAACUGGUUGGAGUCAUGGAUGUCUUAGAAAUCAAGAUCUUUGAGUGUCGAGCCAAUGGACAGUCGAAGGGAUACGCUCUGGUCACAUUUGGGUCGGAAGGUUCCAUGAAACUGGCAGGAGAGCAGUUGGACAAGACUAAAAUUCAUAACAGGAUCCCUACGGUGAAGCCGGACUGUAAAGCGUCUUCACUUUAUUUUGAAUCUUUGACUAAAACUCGACCCCCACCAACAUUGUCCACGUCAUCAUCGAAUGGGGAGCAGACAGAAGGAGGAUCACUUGCCCAUCGGGGCAGUAAGGCAGAUGCAGGACUUGGAACUAGUGGCACAUCAAUUCAGUUAAAUGGAGGAAUGCGAUAUGGAGGAGGGACGCGUUCUCAGCUAUCACAGCAGCAGUUUCAUCCCAGAAAUUUUGGACCAAGACUCCCACCACCACCACCCACGACCUGGAGUCAUUUAGGCAACCCCGGUGGGAAUCGAUAUCCUCCUCCUCUUCCCAGAGGUGUGAAUUCCAUGUACUACGGGCCACCACGGGGUCCACCACCCCCAAUGCUCAUGCCAGGUUACGGACCACCACCACCGCCACCUCACCAACAUACGAAUUAUGUGGACGAGUGGAGGGGGUCACCAUCGGGCUAUAAUACUUCUCGCCACCCUCGCGUUCAUGUGAAUCCAGCUUUUUUGAACCGUCUUCCACUAGAAAACUACACAAUGACUGACGAGGGAGUGAUCUUUCAUCCCUUACCACCUGAGCAAAGCGGAUUGACUUCGUAUAACAUGAAUUCUGAAUAUGAAGUAAUAGAUUCUCCAGAGCGACUGAUAAUGAGUUCUCGACCGGGAGCACUGACAAAUUCUCCUCAUCUUGAACCCAGCCAAGCAACAGAAGCUAUUUCAUGUCGAGGUUCAUACAUAAUUUCAUCUACGCCAAUAGAAGAGAAGCAUAGCAAUUGUGACGGGCUUUCUGAUAUUGAACUGGAUGUCAUCUUGGAUGGAAAUGACAAGAUUUCUAGCAUGGCCAUACAGCGAGCAGUUGAAGAUGCUUCGAAUGGUGAAUAUGCUAGUGCGAUCGAAACAUUGGUCACAGCCAUUUCAAUAAUCAGAGGAUCCAAAGUGAGUAAAGAGAAGAGAACGGAAGUAUUGGUUUCAUCUUUGCAAGAGUCUCUUGAAGGAAUUGAACAUCAAAGUUAUGGACGACAAAACGGCGAUCGUCCAUCGCACCGGGAUAAGAAAUCCGAUUUAGCAAGGCAAUCGCCACCAUUAGGUCAUUUCCGCAGCAGCAGACCUCGGGAUUAUUACUCUUCUAGUCGGAGGGAUUACCAUCAUAAUUAUCACGAUGGACGUGGAAACAACAGUUCGAAUUAUUAUACGGAACGGCCAAGUCGACGACGCUCUUGGGAUGGUCGUGACCGCGACUUUGAUUUCAUCCCACGAUCAAAUAAAGUUGCUCGAGUGGAUGAUGGGAGAGAGCAGCCGUGGUGUCGUCGUUAAAUAUAGUUGUCGAGAACAUCAGUCAAUCAAUUAAGUCCAAACAACCUGCAGUAUUAGUUUAGUAUUUAAGAAUGUAUCACGUGUGCGUGUCAAUGUGUUUUGUUACUUUUAUAUACUUACCGUAUGUAUGUUCCUAAGAUUUAAUGCAUUUGCUAUUUAAAUUUUACACUUCAUUAAUAAACUGUGUUUUAUAAUGUCCUUGUUCAGAUCAA